UGAAAUUUGUGAUCUAUUAAGUGGAUUCAGCCUUCAAGAACAAAUAGAACAAAAGGAUGAAAAGAUAGAAAAAGAUACAAAAAGGAAAGCAAACAAAUGACAGAUACAACAAACAAAGAAGAAGAAGAAAAGAAAGAAAGGAUAUUACCUCUUACAACAACAAUAAAACCAACAUCAAUUGCAUCCACAGACUUUCAACCAAUUACUCAUCAUUCACCCACUUUUAUUUACAAUCAAGCGCCAUUUCCUCAUAUAGAUCCUUUUGCAGAGAAACAUAGCACUAUAUAUUACAUCACAAGCCUACUAAAAGUCGGAUUCUUUAGCAUCAUAUUCUCAGUGCUCUUCUACCUCUUUAUUCAAUUUGCUCGCUUUAUUCAUCAGGAUAUGAAUGCAAAAAUCACCAAUUAUGAGUUUAACCAACUUAAUGAACAGAAAUAUUGUCAGCGACAGUAUGAAAUCAAUAACUGUUCGCCAAAUACUAGACUUCCAGCUAUUGCAGACCUGUGUGAAAGCUUGGAGAACUGUCUAUGGCGCCCUCUCUCUGUUAGUAAAGCAAGAAUAUUAGCUGAAACUCUGGCAGACAUUGCAAAUGGAUUUUCAGAUGCGAUCACAGUGAAAACUAUGUGUCUAAGCGUCUUGACUGGAUUCGGCGUAUUAUGGUCUAUAACCAAUGUUUUAACAAGAACAAGACAAUGCAACAAGGCAAAUGUCAGCACACUGUCAUCAUCAGUUCCUGCUAGUGAUAAUAGGCUUCUGACGUGCUAAUAAAAAUAAAAACAAUGCUAUUUAUUAUAAAUAAAAGAAUAAUUGACUCGU